AUGUUUCUUUAUCAACUCGUCAAUCUUUUCUUUGCAGCCUCCAAAAAUGAGGAUGAUUGUAAAUAUGACCUCUCUCAAUACAAGCGUGGCGAUCUCUUAGAAGUCCCCAGGACAUUAUUCACCCAUUUUGGCAUUUACCUGGGUGACAAUCGAGUUGCUCAUUUUAUUCCGGAUAUUCUACCCGCGAUUUCCAAAAGUAAAUCUGCCAUUGCCAAGAUGGUAACAAAUACGCGGCUGAUUCUAGGGGUCAUCGCUAAGGUCGCCAGCGUCAGAGUGGAUUCCGUGGCAGAUUUCGCUUACGGCUCGGAGAUUCUGGUUAACCACACAGACCAGGUGUGCAGCCAGCCACCGCUGGACGGGGACGAAGUGGGACGAAGGGCUGAGAAACUCUUGGGCUCCUUCACGUACAGUUUACUGUGGUACAACUGUGAACACUACGUCAUGUUCUGCAGAUACGGUGUGGCUGUCAGCUACCAGACGUACCAGUUCUGCACGACGGUCCGGAGGAUUGUGUGCAGUAAGACGAGCACCUGUUUGGCGGCCCUGUGCGGUCUGGGAACCAUGCUGUAUUUGGGCUCUGUGACACCACUGGCUGUUUUAUUAACCUUCCUCAUCUCCUUCACCAUCUGGAUGGCGGCCUAACGGCCUCAGAGAGGAAAGACUCAUUGGACACCAGCAGAAGAUGAAAGUAAAUGUGGCUCUGAAGGAAUGAUCUGGGACACCAACGGUUUUCAUGUACAUUUUUUGG